AUGCCUCCAAAAGCGAAAAAGUCUUCCACCACGAGUGUGAAAAUUAUUGAAAAUAACUAUUUACCCAGUCCAGUUAGUUUGUCUUUAAUAUUAAAGGGAGAUGGAUUGGGUCCUGGAGAUUGGAUAUUUUUGACCGUGUUUAACGGAAAUGUUAUUUUUGAAACUAAAUGGAAUAAAAAUCUGAAUCUACAAUGUGACAGUCUUCCUGUUGAUUUAAAACAACCGCACUAUCAAAGUUUAAUAGCUGAUAAACCUUUGGUUUUCAUUAUCCGUUCUGUCGGUGGAAAAGGAACGAAAGACGCUGACCCUCUUCUCAAUGCCGAUAAUUGUGCUGGGGCAACUUUCGAUUUAUUCCCAUUGGUUUUAGGCGAAAGAGAAAUAUAUCUUGAAGUGCAUUUAAUUAAUAUCGUUACAGGCAUGCCCACAGGAUGCGCUGUAGAAGUUUCUGCUAAAACUGAUGAAAACAUACAAAACGACAAAAUCCCUUUAAUUAUUACUAUGAUAUCUGGACAUUGUUUUCCUAUAACGAGAGGAGGGACAGCUUACAUAAGUGCAAUAGGAUUAAAUGACAUACAUGAUCCACAAGCAGCAAAAUUUGGCAUGUCUUUAAGUACUUCAAAUGCCGCAAAGAUUGUAUGGGCAUCAGCAUGUAAUGGUGGUUUAGCAGCCAAUACUGCAUUUGAUGUUCCGUGUGAAGAUAAAUUUCUGGCCGAUGAUCUAGAGCUUAUGGUAACUGAUACUUGUACAUCAGUUUAUUGGAACUCUAUGACACGUGUGCUCGUUGACUCUACCAGCUUACGAGAGAGACUACCACUUCCAUUUCUUGUCGAAAUUGCAGGAGUUCCUAAAGUUGGAAAAAUUGAUGUAAGAGGUCGAUAUAUGGCUUUAGUAGAUGCAGGCGUACUUUUGGAACCUGGACAGUUUGGUGUAACAACCUGCGCUAGACUUCUAUUUUAUAAUGAAUCAAACUUGCCAGAAGGCACUGGAGCUUUAUUAGAAUUACCUCCAGCUAGUGCCAAAACGGUUAGUGCCAGAGAUGCUACGUUUGUGACUGAUGAGUCCGGUCAUGCUGCCUAUAUUGUAAUGAGAUUUGACUUGUUUGAUCCGCUAAACGUUAAACUUAAAAUAUCAUCGCUUUUUGAAGUGUUGGGUUUCCCAACUCCUGAAGGUUUUGUUGCGCCUAUAAAUGAGUUAUAUGUGGAUACAGCUCCUGAUGAUACCCCCAUUGACAUUAGACGCAUAAGAAAAGAGGGUGGGGCUGUUGCUGUGCAUAAAGAGCUAAGUACCUUAUCCUGUAGAGGAAAAGUACAAAUGAAUCAAAGUACUAAGAGAACAGCAGCAAAUCGUCUACUUACAAGAAUGCGGCAUCUGGUAAGACAAUUUCCGCCAGGGGAGUGUUCGAAUAUUGAAUGGCAAGAUACGGUGACUGCACAACACGCGGCUAGCAGGCGCGCGGUCACGGCUUCGUUCGCGCCACAACCGCCUCCUCUACGUACCUCGUCGCGCAUUGCAGCCGUGAGAAGCCGUAUGGCCGGAGAUUCAAGAAUAGCAGAUGAGCAUUUAAAAAAUAAUUUAAUAGCUGCUGCAAAUCAUCCAAGGGUUUUGUUUUCAAAAGCCCUUCGAUAUUUGGAAGUGAAAAACAAUUCUGAAGCUCGUUCUUAUCUAUUACAAGCGUUAAGUGCGCAAACUAGAAACAGAUACUUGUUAUGGGCAUUUGGGGGAUCAGAGUUUGAUAAAGAAGAAUCUUACGAGAUCGCAGUUGCAGCUUUCCGUAUAGCAGUUAAAGGCGAUACUUCAGACGGCACUACCGGAGCAGUCGGUUGGGCGGCUUUGCAUGCUUUACAUCAUUACAAUCAGAACAUUUACGCAGCUUUUGUAACUGCUCGGAAGAUGCGAAAGGCAUACGAGCUACCCAGAGAAUGGGUAAAGUUCUUACAACGAUGGGUUGAGAUAAGCGGUGAAGAGGAAAUCUUUUGGUUGCCUGCCACGAUAAAUUUCAAGUACCCUCUGUUGGUCGCAGCAGCAUUUUUUCUUUGCUUGAGAUGUUACAAAUGCAGCGAGAGACUUCUUCAAUGUGUUGAGGAGGGCUGUGCGACCCGAGGUGCCCGUUAUUGUUCCAAAAACGAAGUCACCGUUGAUAUAUUCUAUAUACGCGCUUCAUCGCUGGUACUACAAGGAGAAUUAGAUAAAGCUUUACAACUUACUGAGCAAGGUAUAAGGCAAUAUGGACCAUGUGCAAUGAUGUCACAACUGCGUGCAGUUUGCUUGACAUACCUUCGGGAUUGGGAUAGUGUUUGUGACAGUGCGUUUUUGGUAACUGAACGAGCAGGAGCUGAAAACUGCCCGUGGUUACUAUUGCGAGCAGCCUUAGGUGUGAUGAAAAGUGAUCUGGAUGCGGCAAUGCAGCGUGCUGCACGUGCACAUAAGGUUGCGCCAUCGCCUUACUCGGCUUUACUUAUCAGUCGUAUAUAUGCUAGAAAGGGAGAACAAAAGUUAGCUGAGAGAUGGGCAGCUGCAGCAGUAAAGACAGAAUCAUUGUUAGCUGAUGGGUGGGCCUUUUUAGCAAUACUGGCAAUGAUGGAUCGUAAUGUUGAUAGAGCAAGGGCCAUGUUGCGUACAGCGAAACAAGCUGGUCCGCUAAGUGCUGAUAUUGAAGAAGAACUCAGGAAAAUGAUGAAAAUUGUCCCUAUUGAAACGUUGCCCGGUGCAUUGGUAAAAGAUUUAUGUCUGUGUGAUUAUUAUUAAAUUUAUAUCAUUAUGUUUUAUU